UCCCGGAUUGCCUUCCCUUCCGCAGGAUCCGGCGCACUAAGGGGGUUUACUAUAGAGAGAGUGCGGCGGGAAGCCUGUCCCUUUUUUACGCCUUCUCACCGAAGCGUACCGCCGAGUAUCAUUACGGAACCGUAAGCCGCCUCACUGUGCCACUUUGUGACGGCCCAUCCGCGGACGUCGCGGCGCGAUCACUCCAUACACCCCUUCAGCUGUGUCCAGAAGACUAGAGUUUCAUGAUCCACGUGGAAGCAGAACAGGUACACGUGGAAGCGGAACAGAUACACGUGGAAGGGGAGUAGAUCCGCGUGGAAGAGGGGUGGAUCCACGUGGAGGCGGGGGAUGCCUGCUCUUUCCCCGUGCCUGAGGCGCGCGAAUCAGUCGCUAAUCGGAAGCGGUUCGUUAAUCCGAAGAGGCGGAUUCAGAGGCGCGCUAAUGCUUAUCUGGGAUACCGGCGCAGGUGCCGCCGUGCGGAGUAGUAGCAGCAGCGCCGGCGUCAGCAUUAGUAGGAACGUCAGUAGCGGCGCGGCGCGGAGUAGUAGUAGCAGCGGCAGCGUGAGCAUUAGUAGUAGCUUCAGUGGCGGUUCCGCACGGAGUAGUAGUAGCAGCAGCGGAAGCGUGAGCAUUAGUAGCGGUAGUAGCGGUAGUAGCAGAAGUAGCGGUGCCAGCAUUAAUAACGUCGGUAACAGUCGCAGCGACCGCUUCAGACCUGGCAGUUCGUUCCUCACCCAAGCGCUAUCGGCACACAGCAGUCCGACCAUUCGAUACAAGCACCCCUCCUUGACCGCCCGCUUCAGACAUGGCAGCUCUCCCCUCAACCAAGCGCCAUUGUCACACAGCAGUCAGGCAUUUCCUACCAUUCGAUACAAGCACCCCCUCUUGACCGCCCGCUGCAAUCACGUCUGUACGCCCCGUUAUAAUGACCAGAUACGUUCAGCCCCAGAUACGCCUGUGCGCCUAUCCCUCAGGGGGCCUCUUUUGUGUGAGCGCGUUGCAGCGGGGAGGGUAGCUCUAGAUCCGCAAUGCAGCGUUUUGACUACUUGGGUAGGCAGCAUUUUUGAGGGGCCUAAAAAAUCGCCACUUCUGCUCGAGAAGCCGCAGUGCAGCGUCAGGACGGUUUUGACUCGGGCAGGCAGCACCUUUGAGGCGCCUAGCAAAUCGCCUCUUCUGCUCGAGAAGCACCAAUGCGGCGGUCUGACCAGGGUGCUAGGCAGCACAAGGCACCUGUGCUCAGCAACCGGUGCUGCUGAGUCAGCAAUCGGUGCUGCUGAGCCAGCUUCGACGGGUGCUGAGUCAGUAGCCAAUGCUGAGUCAGCAGGUGCGGCUCAACAGAAGCAGGUUCGGGCAGAGGAAGGGGGAGAGACCGGGGAGGAGGCGCAGAAGCGCGAGGGAGAUGAUGGGGCGAAAGGUAUGGGUGUGGGAGGGGAGGAGAGCUUGGGAGUGGGAAAGGUGAAGAGGACGAGGAGGAAGGCAGUAAGUAAGAGGGAAACGGCAGGUGCAGCGGAGGCUGCAACACUAGGAGCAGCAGAGGGAGGGGGAGAAGUAGCAGUAGCAGAACCACCAGAAGUCGGGGAGGAGUUGGGAGUGGGGAGAGUGAAGAGGACGAGGCGGAAGGCAGGGAGUAAGGGGGGAACUGCAGGUGCAGGGGAGGCUGUUGCACCAGGAGAAGCAGCAGAAGCAGGAGCGACAGCAGCAGCAGGAGAAGUAGGAGAAGUAGCAGUAGCAGAACCACCCGAGUUAGUUGAGGAUUUGGGAGUGGGGAAAGUGAAGAGGACGAGGCGGAAGACAGCGAGUAAGAGGGCAACAGCAAAUGCAGCGGACGCUGCUGCAGCAGGGGCAGCAGGAGAAGCAGCAGCAGUAGCAGAAUCAGCAGCAAAAGCAGCACAACCUGCAGCAGCAGCAGCAGGAGCAGCAGCAGAUGCAGGAGCAGCAGCACAACCAGCAGCAGUGGAGCGAUGGCUAGUGGUGGUGGAAUCCCCCUCUAAAGCCCGCACAAUUCAGGGUUACCUCCAACACGCCCCUGAUUCCGAACCCUUCUCCAGCCUUGCAGCAGCAGCAGCAGCAGCAGCAGGAGGAGGAGGAGGAGCAGGAUUGCGGAAGAGAAAAAGAGAGUUCUCGGUGCUGGCGACGCACGGUCACGUGCGAGACGUGCCCAACAAGGUCCAUGCUGUCUCGCCCGACGCUGACUUCGCCAUUGACUGGCGAAUCCUGCCCCAGGCGGUGCCAUACUUUAGGGCCAUCGCCCUGGCUGCAUUCAGAUCUCAAGGCGUUGUGUUGGCAACUGAUGCAGACAGGGAGGGGGAGGCGAUAGCAUGGCAUGUGUACCAGCUGCUCAAGGGCGCUGCUGCUGCAAGGAGGAGAGCAGAGGCGCAGCAGAGGGAAAAGGAGGAGCGGAGGGAAAAGAUGGCGCAACAGGCAGUGUGGCAUGAGGAGCAAUUGGCAGCAGAGGCAGAGCAGGCAGCGAGGGAGGGAGGAGAGGCAGCAGCGGCUAUACGAGAUGCAGAAGGGGAGGAGGGCGAAGCCGAUAUCUUCUCCAGUGGAGUUCCCGAGCCGAGCCUUGCGAGCCCCGAAGCAGAGGGAUUUGCAGGUGUUGGUAGUGGUGGUGGUGCGGUUGAGGGGGGUGGAGAGGGGUUGCUGCAGCAAGUUGGGGAGCAUGAGGGAGGGCAUGUUGAGAAGGAGGGGGAGCACGGGUGGCUGGAGGGGGAGGAACUACUGGGGGAGGUGAGGAAGGAGCUGAAGGAUUUCAAACGCCCACAAUCAUCGUUAUCAUCAUCAUCACCUCUAACACCAGCAUCAGCAUCAUCACCAUCAGCAACAGCAGCAGCAGCAUCACCAUCAUCCCAACCCCCCUCUCCAUCCGACGAUCAGUGGCUCCUCCCAUCCGCCGGAUCCAACGGCUGCGAUCUCACGAUCCACCGAGCCACCUUCCACGAGAUCACCCCUUCAGCCGUCCUCACUGCUCUAGCCAACCCCCGCCUCCUCUCCCAACCUCUAGUCGACGCCUACUUUGCCCGACGCGUGCUAGAUUUUCUCAUGGGCUUUAAUCUCUCCCCUGUGCUCUGGAGAAAGCUCCCCGGGUGUCGAUCGGCAGGGAGAGUUCAGUCGGUGGCUUUAAGGUUUGUGUGUGAGAGGGAGGGGGAGGUGGCGGGGUUUAAUGCGCAGGAGUACUGGACGGUUAGUGCGAUGGUGCAGGCUUGUCGCACUAAGAGGGGGCUUAUUGGGAGCUUGGAAGGAGGAGAGACGGCAGUGCAUGGGGUAGCAGCAGCAGGUGCGGAAGCAACAGGAGCAGUAGGAGCAGGGGGAGGAGUAGUUGGGGAGGUGGAUUCGCCCAUGGCUUUCCCAGCUAGGCUUACGCACCUAGAAGAAUCAGAUGGGAAAGCAGCAGGAGGAGGAGAGGGGGGGAUAAGGGAUGGAGAGAGGGCGCUAGCAGCGGCAGUGCUGGUGGAGGGGAGUGAGCUGCAGGUGGCAGAGGUGCAUCGGUCGCAGACCAGGAGGUCCCCCUCUCCGCCCUUCACCACUUCAUCGCUGCAACAAGAGGCGUCUUCGAAACUCGGUUUCAGCCCUAGCCGGACCAUGGCAGUCGCUCAACGGCUGUACGAAGGGGUGGCGCUGGGCCCUGAGGCUUCCAAGGCGCUCAGAAAGCAGGCGGCUAAAGGGGCGGUAGGGACAGAGGGAGGAGGGAAGAGCGGAGGGAGGGGAGCUGGUGGGGGGAUGGUGGCUGGGCUGAUCACAUACAUGCGCACCGACAGCGUGAAUGUGUCCCAAGCUGCAGUGGCCUCUCUGCGAUCCCUGCUGCAGGAGAGGUAUAAUAGCAAGAUGGUGUCGCCGUUUGCCCGCGUCUUCUCUGGCAAAGCUAGGAAUGCCCAGGAGGCGCACGAGGCCAUCCGACCCACCCACCCGCACCUGCUGCCAGGCCUGGUAAAGGCUGAUCUGUCGGAGGAGCAGUGGAAGCUCUAUGCGCUCAUCUGGGCUCGAUUCGCUGCCUCUCAGAUGGCAAACGCUGUCUACGACAGGGUAGCAGUGGACGUCGCGGCACAUCCCCGUGACCCCUCCCUGCUCUCCAACUUCCCCUCUCCUGCCUCCUCGCAGUCCUCUCUCCCCUCCGUGCCACCCCCCAUCGAAGCACCCGAUGCACCCCCUUCACCAAUGCUCGAGGCACCUGAGUCUCAACUGCUUGUUGAGCGGCCUCAAAAUGCAUCCUCUCCUCCUGCCAUGCUCCGAGCCAACUCCUUUGCCAUUGCGUGGCCUGGCUUCCUUGCGGCCUACAGUGAUCGGGCAGCGCUAGGUCACCUGUCUGACCUGUCAGAAGGGAUCUCCACAGAACCACCACCUGGCGAUGCCACGUCAGCAGAGGCUGACAGUGCUGCUGCCACGUCAGAAGUGUUCCAGGAAAUCAUGGCCCUGCAGGCUAUUGGUCGAAUCCGUGGAUCCCAAUCAGCACUUCACGCGCCCCCUCCCAGAUACACUGAGGCAGCUCUGAUCAAGCGAAUGGAAGCGGAGGGGAUAGGAAGACCAUCCACCUAUGCACCCACACUCAAGACUCUCCUUGAUCGCAAGUAUGUGGAGUUGGAUUCUCGCAGGUUGCACCCCACAAUAAGGGGGAGGCUGGCAAACGCCUUCCUCCUGCACUUUAUGGAGCCAUACGUCAAUGCAGGCUUCACUGCCCGCCUCGAGUCCAAGUUUGAUGACGUGGCAGCAGGAGAAGGAGACUGGCGGAAGGUUCUCAGAACCUUCUGGAACGACUUCCAACCGAGAGUGGAGGAAAUGCAGAAGCUAUCGCCUCAAGCUGUUGGGUCGGCUGUGCAAGUGACGCUGGGCGAUGGGCUACUCGUGGAGGCAGCAGCGACGUACUCCCAAGUGCUUUCCGAUGCCCGUGCCCGCGCUUCUGCUCCUCCCUUCUCCUCCAUCCCUCCCUCCUCCGCCACCCCUUCCUCCUCCGCCUCCCCGUCACCUCCCACUUUGGAACUGUCACCAUCAGCGGUGGCAACACCAUCCGCAUCAUCAUCGGUAGCAUCCCUGUCACCACCAUCAGCUUCCAAGGCUUGUCCCAGUUGCGGGUCAGGCGAGCUGGAGUACAACUUCUCCAGCCGCGGCGUGGGGCUCUUUGUCGGCUGCUCGGCUUACCCCACAUGCCACUUCAAGGCCCGUGUGGUGGAGCAGGAGGACAAGCCGGGCGCCCUAGCAGUGGCAAUCGACCCAGUUGCGCAUGUCAUAGGGGAGGACCCCAACACAGGGGCCAAGAUCUGGCUCAAAGUGGGCCCGUAUGGCGCCUAUGUGGAGCGGUCAUCGUACGGCAAGGUCUCCAAAGUCAACCGAGCCUCGCUGCCCCCGGGCAUGCAUCCAGACUCGGUUGAUCUCCCCAACGCACUCGAACUCCUCGCAUUUCCGCGAGUCGUAGGCCUGCACCCAGAGGGAGGCACCGUGUAUCUGUGCAGCGGCCCCUUUGGCUUCUACUUGGAGCACGACUUGCCAGGAGUGGGGCGGAUCAGAGCAUCCCUGGGCACGAAUGUUGUUAUAGAUGAUGUGACGCUAGAGAGCGCAAUUGAGCGACUGCAGGUGAAGCAAGCAAGGGUGGAGCGAGCAGCGACAAGGAAAGCUGCUAAAGCUGCAAAGACCGGCAAGGGAGGCAAGGCGGCUAAAGUGGCAACAAGUAAAGGGGCGAGCAAAGGGGCAAGCAACGGGGCAGCCGUUGCAAGAGAAGAGAUUAAGGGAGAGGUAGAGGGAAAGACGGCGCCGAAGGGGGAGGGGACGGAAGCUGUUGACUUAGGGAAAGGAAGAAAGGCGAGUGCGAGAAGGAGCAAUAAGGGGGAGGCGGGGGAGGCAGCUGACGCGAGCAAAGGAGUGGGCAAUGGAAGUGGAGAUGAGGGGGCGGAAGCUGUUGAGGCUGUUAAGGCCGGCAAGGGAGGCAAGGUUGUUGACGUGGGGACAAGCAAAAGCGCAAGGAAGGAUGCGAAGGGAGGGGAGAGCGGAGAGAAUGAGCGAGAGACGGUGUUGACAGGAGAGGGGGCGCAGGCUGUUGAUGUGGGGAAAGGAGGAAAGGCGAGUGCGGAGAGGAGCAAGGAGGGGCAGGGUGAGGAAGCGGGAGUGAGCAAAGCGGAUGGGGGGAAGGCAGCUGAGAGAGGGGGGAUGGAAAAUCCUUUGGAGGUUUCUGAAAUGGCAGGCAAGAAAGGUAGCCAGGAGGUGAGUGUGAAAAGGAGCAAGGAGGCGGGAGCAGCUGACGCGAGGAAAGUGGAUGCAGCUGAGAGAGGGGAGACUGAAAGGCCUUUGGAGGCUCCUGGAGAGGCAGGCAUGGUGAAACGGCAGAGAAAGGAGGAAAGGAAGGAGGCUGGGAGGAACGCAAAGACCAAUUCCGAUGCUGAGGAGAAGGAGCGAGGCCACGGAUACAAAGGAGGGGCAGAGCGUGCUCGUCUGAUACGGCUUCCCAGGAGACCGUCAGAGCAGCUUAAGGAGAUUAUUGGGAAGGAGCAUGAGCAGCUGAGCCUGGUUGAAGCCACGAGCCUGGUGUGGAGGUAUGUCCAAGCCAACAACCUCAAAACCGGGCCCCACACAGCCGCAUUCGACGGCAAGCUGAAGAGUUUAUUCGCAGUGGAGUCGGCUCACAGAAUCCAACUACCGAGCCUUCUAUCGAGGCACAUGCAGCAACUAGACAGAGAGGGAGGAGGGAAGCCUCAAGCAGAGGAUUCUGAAGGAGAGGAGGGAGGGGAGCAUCAAGCAGUGAUUUUUAAAGAAUCGGCUUCUGAAGGGGAUGAGGGAGGAGGUAGCGAAGAGGGUGGGAUGGUCAGGGAGGGGAGGAGCAGACGGGAGGUGAAGAAGAGAGAGAGUGGGCUAAGCUUUGGCCAGGAGAGGGCACUCCUAAACAGGCUUCCCAGAAGACCGUCAGAGCGGCUAAAGGAGGUCAUCGGAGAGCACGAGCAGCUGAGCGUAUUCGAGGCGAUGAGUCUGGUGUGGAGAUACAUCCAGGCCAACGACCUCAAGACCGGGCCCAACACCGCUGUGUUUGACGCCAAGCUGAAGGCUCUAUUUGGAGUGGACUCGGCUCACAGCCUGAAACUGCCGGGGCUGCUGGAAAAGCACAUGUCGCCACUUGAUGCCGAUGAUGCCUCCGCUAAGGCAGUGAAUGCAGCGGAGGAAGCUGCGCGGGUGGGUGGAGCAGCCUCAAAGGCACCAAGAGGAGCAAGAGGGGCAAAACGAGCAGCCAAAGAAGCAAGUGGAGGAGCAAGCGGAGCAACCAAGUCAGGAGAAGUGGAAUCUGGAUUGGUGUCGUCCGCUAGGGAGUCGUCCGCUAGUGAGGCAUCGAGCGCGGACGAUCGUGAUCUGCGCCAACUGUCUCCGGCACUCAAGGCGGUUCUGGGAGAGGAGUUUGGCGGCUUUACUCUCAGAGAGGCCACUCAACAAGUCUGGCAGCGAGUGAAGGAGCAGGGCGAGAAGGUGGAGGGAGGAAGCCGGGUGGCUCGAUAUAGAGUGGACGGGCAACUACAGGAGCUACUAGGUGUAGAUGUGGUAACAUUCAUUGGAUUGUACAGCCUACUCAAGAAGCAUAUGAAAUAGCAUAUGCUGCAUUUAUUUUAUUGGAUUCUUUAGCGCAAUCGCAGUGUAGUUUAUACCGUAUUGAAUGAAAG